AUGUCAUUGGUCCGUGUCCCACCGCCUACUUCCAAGUCUUACAAGGGCCAUCAUGUUCUCCUCUUUGGCGACUCCUACUUCACCUCCAUCAUUGGCCCUAAUGGAUCCGGCAAGUCCAAUUCUAUGGACGCCAUCUCCUUCGUCCUUGGUAUCAAAUCUUCUCACCUUCGCUCCACCCAUCUACGCGACUUGGUCUACCGUGGCCGUGUCCUAAAGACUUCACGAAUCAAUGCCGAUGGAACCGCUACUGAAGUUCCGGAAGGCGAGGCUCAAGACCCGGAGGCUGAAUCCGGUGCACAAGAGGAGGGCCAAGACACCCAGACAAGCACUCAACGCGCGGAUCCUACAAAUGCCUGGGUUAUGGCCGUUUACGAGGAUGACGCUGGAGACGAACAAGCCUGGAAACGCUCCAUUACAUCGACUGGCCAGUCUGAGUACCGCAUCAACAACAGACUCGUCUCCGCCAAGCAGUAUAAUGAAGCUCUCGAAGCUGAGAAUAUCUUGAUCAAGGCCCGCAACUUCCUCGUCUUCCAAGGUGAUGUCGAGGCCAUCGCUUCUCAAAGCUCCAAGGACCUCACCAGAUUGAUCGAGCAAAUCAGCGGCAGUCUUGAGUACAAGGCCGACUACGAUCGCCUGAAGAUUGAGGCCGAAAAGGCUGCCGAAGACCAAGCUUUCAGAUUGAAUCAACGCAGAGGCAUCAACUCCGAGAUCAAGCAAUAUCAGGAACAAAAGCGCGAGGUCGACAACUAUAACCGCAAAGCCGAUGAGAAAGACCAGGCUGUUGUCACUCACGUACUCUGGAAGUUGUAUCAUUUCCAACAAAUGGUCGAAUCAUCUGGUGCUGAGAUCCAAAAACAUCAGGACGAGCUGAAGGAAUACCGAAGAAACGUCGAGGCCUAUGAAGCCAGGCUUGCUGAGGCACAACAAGAACAGGCUAGAGCAGGCCGCGAGGUUCACAAGCUUGAACGUAACAUCAAGAAUAAGGAAAAGGCUGAUCUUGAUGUUGUCCAGAAAGCCCAAAGCAGAUGGGAACAGGAAUGGUCAGCUGCUCAACAGCAAGCAGGACGCGAACUCAGCGAGGCCGACCUUCAAGAAUACAACCGUUUGAGAGGAGACGUCAACAAGAGAACAGCAGCCGAUCAGAUCAAGUUGACUUCGACUAUUCGCUCUAUUAACAAUGAAGCGGACAGCAAGAAGAAGGAAUUUAACACCUUGACAUCCGAGAGAUUAAGGUCCGCUCAGAAACAUACCGAGAUCGAGGAGAAGCUCCAAGAGGUCCUGCGCAAGCUUAACGAUGCGUCCGUGUCUCAACGAGAAUCUGAGAAAGAAACAAGAGCUCGUGAGACUGUCGCUGCUAUGAAGAGAAUCUUCCCAGGUGUUCGAGGUCAACUGUGGUCGCUCUGCAAGCCAAAGCAGAAAAAGUAUAACGUCGCCGUCAGUACUGUCCUCGGUCGCCAUAAUGACUCGAUUGUGGUCGACACGGAGAAAGUGGCAAAGGAGUGUAUCCAAUACCUUCGUGAUCAACGUGCUGGCCAGGCAACCUUUAUCCCGCUCGACACCAUCAUGCACAAAGCACCGGACGCCAACUUGAAGGGCAUGCAUAGGGGCAUGCGUCUCGCUAUUGAUACAAUCGACUAUGAAAACGCCGUCGAGCGCGCUAUCUCCUUCGCUUGCGGAAACAGUAUUGUUUGCGAUGAUCUACAAAUUGCUAGACAUCUCUGCUACGACAGACGUGUUGAGGCCAAGGCAGUCACGCUUGACGGAACCAUCAUCCACAAGGGCGGCUUGAUGACCGGUGGACAUGGCUCAAACGACCAAAGAAAUGCCCGCAAGUGGGAAGAUUCAGAAGUCGAGAACUUGCGCCGUCUGAAAGACAAGCUGCUUGCUGAUCUCAGUGCUCUGCCAAAGGGUCAUCGCCGACAAGCUGAAGAAGAGGCUCUUCAGGGUGAGCUUGCGGGUCUCGAGUCACGUCGCGCCUUUGCCGACGAAGAGCUCAAGGCGCUCGAAUCGAACAUCGAGAGCAAGCGCCGUGAGCUAAACUUUGCAAGACGUCAACUCGAGGAGACAAGGCCAAAGUAUGAGGAGCAAGCUCAGGGCGUGACUACUCUACGUAGCCAGCUCGAGUCAUACUCAUCAUCUGUGGCGACUGUCGAGGAUGAAGUCUUCGCUGCAUUCUGCCAGCGUCUAGGCUACAGUGAUAUACGUGCAUACGAAGCUCAGCAGGGUAGUGCCCAGCAAGAGGCUGCACAAAAGAAGCUCGAGUUCACUACCCAGCGCAGUAGAUUGGAGAAUCAGCUUGCCUUUGAGACACAACGUCUACAGACAACGAAGGACCGCAUUGCCAAAUUGCAGAGCGACGUCAAAGAAGCUCAAGCCAACAUUGCAAACCUCGAAUCGGAACGCGACAAUCUCAACAACGAGCUAGAUGAACUAAAUGCCGAAGUUGAGCAGAUGAACGAGCAGCUAAUUACACGCAGAACGAAGUACGACGAGAAGUCUGACAAGGUUGCUGAGCACCGACGCGAGGUUGCAAAACGCUCCAAGUCGAUUGAAGAUACGAACAAAGAUAUCACGGCUCUACAAGAAGCUGUACAACGGUCCAACUCAGAUCGUUACUCUUUGCUUCGCCGGUGCAGAAUCGAAGAGAUCAACGUUCCCCUUACUUCACAGAGCAGGAAGCUCGAGUCUCUUCCACUGGACGGUGGCAUGGCUGCUGAUGAAGAUGCCAUGGACGUGGACGAAGAGGAUGUAUCCCAACGCGUGCCUGGAGUUAACGACUACGGCAUUGAUGUCGACUUCUCGGACCUGGACGACGAUUUGAAGGAAGAUGAUUCCGAGCAAUGCGAAGCAAAUCUGCAGGAAACCAUCUCGAAUAUACAAGCCGACCUUGAUAAGAUGGCACCGAACAUGAGAGCUAUCGAACGUCUGGAAGGUGUUGAAGCACGUCUCAAAUCUACUGAUGAUGAAUUCGAAGCAAGUCGCAAAGCAGCCAAAGAAGCCAAAGAUCAGUUUGACGACAUCAGAGACUUGAGAUCCGAACUCUUUAACAAAGCUUACGAACAUAUCUCUGGUCAGAUUGAUCAAGUGUACAAGGAGCUCACACGCACUGCCAGUUUCCCUCUCGGAGGUCAGGCAUACCUUGAUCUUGAAGACACUGACGAGCCAUAUCUCAGUGGUAUCAAGUACCACGCUAUGCCUCCACUCAAGCGCUUCCGUGAUAUGGAGCAUCUUUCUGGUGGAGAGAAGACCAUGGCAGCGCUGGCAUUGCUUUUCGCUAUCCACACGUAUGCUCCUUCGCCUUUCUUCGUCCUCGAUGAAGUUGAUGCUGCUCUCGACAAUGCGAAUACUGCUCGUCUGGCCAACUACGUCAAGGAGCACGCCGGUCCUGGCAUGCAAUUCGUUGUCAUUUCUCUCAAGAACAGUGAGACACUUGUUGGUGUUAUGAGAGAUCAGACUGUGAAUAGCAGUAGGACCUUGACUAUGGAUCUUCGCAAGUACCAGGCUGCAUAA